GGGGGCAGACGACGAGGGUCAGGCCGCUCGAGCUCUGUAGUACUAAUGCAGUGGUUAAAACACGUGCGCAUCAAGUACGCCGGUCCGCGAGUCGGUCAAGAGCAGCAGCAGUCACAAGAGCCAGAAAAUUCACAGAGUCGUCGUCGUCGCAGCUCCACCUCGGUCAAGAGCCACGAAAAGGACAUAGAGGAGCUGCGCCAACUCCUACUCGAGCUCUAUCCGGCCAGGCAUCCGAGCAAGCUACAGCAGCAGCAGCAGCAGCAGCAUGUGCUGAGGGUCAUACAGUUGCCCGGCACCGCGGACGGUAAACCGAGCUACAUCUGUCAGCCGGUGCUGCCGAAGCAGCAUUAUCAUCAGCAGCUGCAGUAUCAGUAUCAGCGACCCCAGCCCCAGCCGCAGCUGCUAAUCGAUCAUCGCGAUUAUCAGCAACAGCAGCAGCAGCAGCAGCAGCGGUACUAUCAGCAACGUUUGAUUCUUGGCCAGCCGCUGCUGCUGUGGCUCAGCCCGUUAGCCAUGCUUUGCUGCGGACGCAGAAAAGAAGGACGCGGCGACGUGACGGACAUAACGGCGAGUCCGGGCAGGCAGGCCAACGUCAACCAGUUGCGUCCCAAGGAUCCGCCGCCUAUGGUCAUCCAGGGUGACUUCAGAAAGGUGAGCGGCAUCACGAGCGAGAUCUUCCGUCAGUUGGAGACCAUCGAGAAUGAUCACGACGCGUCGACGGCCGCGGCCCUCGAGGCCGUGGAGAAGCACGGCGAGAUGGUGGUCAGGAUCAUCGAGCCCCGACAGCUCGGCAGGCACGCCUCCGAGGCGGCGAAAAAGUUCAUCGCGAUACAGGAUUCAAAGCAUCCCAUCCACUUUGUGGAGAUUAUCAAAAGGCCCGGGCAGACCCUCGGCCUGUACAUACGCGAGGGCAACGGCCUCGACAGAAACGACGGCGUUUUCAUCUCCAGGAUAGCAGUAGAAACGGCCGUUUACAAUAGCGGCUGCUUGAAGGUGGGCGACGAGAUCCUCGCGGUGAAUCUCGUGGACGUGACGCACAUGAGCCUCGACGACGUGGUCAUCAUCAUGUCGAUACCGCGGCGGCUGCUGCUUGCCAUCAGGCACGGCCCGCACCAGCUCGUCGGCGGCCACAAUCGCUGCAACGAGCAGAAGGGCCCGCCCGUCGUCGUCAUCAAGAAGGAGCUGAACAACGAGGACGAGACGGACCAUCAUCAUCAUCAGUCGCAGUCGCAGCAGCAACAACAUCACAUGAGCACCCUGGAGCGGGACAGGCGCCGCGGCGACGGGCGCGAGAUGCUGCCGUCGCGCUCCAAGCUCGGCCUGGCGGGCCUCGGCUCGAGCCACGAGAUCAAUCAGGCGAUGGCCAGCAACGGCGACCUCUAUUACAAUUCGCGGCCCGAGAGCCAGCUCGGCUGGUCGUAUCAGCCGCCGCCGCCGCCGGUGAUCACGCAGCAGCCCAAGCCCGGGCCCCAGGCCCAGCACUUCCAGCCGUACGAUCGCGGCUAUCCCAAGACGCUCGAGAGCCUGGCCGAGAAGGAUUUCACAAAGGUACACUCGUUCUAUCCGUCGACGACGUCGAUCGCCAACGGCUCGUCGUCGCGCCGCAUGUCGGCCGGCCAGGGCAUGCACACGAUCGGCCGCAUGGGCUCGUCAUCGGGUGGCUACGCCGCCUACGGCCAGCCGCACUCGGCCGCGGGCCGACUGAUGCCGCGCAGCGGCUCCGAUCAGCAUCUGCCGCGGGUCGACUACACGAGCAUCACCACGCCGGCGAGGCACACCCUGCUCAGGUCCAGCCUCAAGACCGGCGGCGGCGCGUCGGCGGCGCUGCGCUACGGCUCGCGCUACGGCAUGGCCGGCAACGAUCUGCUGUCGUCCGUGAGCGGGACCGGGGGUCGCGGCUCCCAGGCCGCCCAGUACGGCACCCUGACCAGGCGCCACCACCAGAGGCCGUCGCUGGAUUACGCCUCGGACACCGAGGCCACGUGCUCGAGCUCGCCGCGCUCGGCCUACUAUUACUACAGGCACAACAUGAACAAUCCCCAGCCGAGCAGCGCCGUGUCGCAUCUGGCCACCCUGUCGCGCUCGCAGCUCGGCAGCACAGCGAAAACGCUGCGCACGCAUGUUUUAGGCCUGCGAUCGAAUUCGCUGCCGCGUAGCGUCAGGACGUUGCCGGGCGGACACCAGCAGGGCGGGCUAAGAUCGGGAAUUAGCACCCUGGCGCAGAGUCUCAUUGACGAGGACGACGGGGCGCUCUCGGCACCGGAAAUGCCCUCCAUACGACAGGAUCGAGGACGAAUACCGUCGUCGACGUCGGUCUUCACGUCGGACGAGUACAAGGCCUGGCUGAGCCGGACGCCGAGUACGUCGGCCCUCUACGAUCAGAUACGAUCCACCUCGAGCCGGCCGCCUCGUUACACCUACAGCGCCGAAAACAUACACGCGGCCGUCAAUCAGGCCGACUACGCGACCUACGGCUAUCGGCCCUACGCCACGAGCACGCUCGACCGACUGUCGCAUCGCUCGGCCUCGGCGCAGCAGGUCAACCUGGCGAAUCUGCGCGCCUCCACGGCCAUCAGCUCGGCGGUCGCCGCCGCGGCGGCAUCGUCGUCCGGCCAUCAUCAGCUGGGCGGCGUCGGCGGCCUGAGCGGGGUGCAUCACUCGCGCUACGCGAAUCCGCGCGUCACCUCGUCGGCCCUCGUGGCCUCGAACGUGCGCGCCGCCCUGGCCAGCAAGAACACCCUGGGCAGCGCAGCGAGCCAGCGGGCCAACAGCAUCAGGCGCAUGCGGGGCAUGGCCGACCUCGAGCCCUCGUCCUCGUCCUGCUCGACGUCCACGCCGACCCGGCCCAUCGAGCAAAGACUGUUAGACAUUAAUCCAGCUGAGUUCCUGAAAUACAAGAUAGAGAAGCCGGCCCAGGUGGGCACGCCGAGCUCGACGACGAGCUCGCUGCUCACCCUGGCCGAGAACCAGAGCAGCAGCAGCGACUUCGUCAACGGGGUGAGCGGCCUGCUCUGGGUGCACCUGCUCGCGGGCCGCGGUCUGCGCGUCAACAAUCCCACCAACUCGGCGGCGGUGACGACGCCCGGCGGCUCGACACAGUCCGGCCUCAACGGCAAUAACGCUAACGCCAACAACGGCUCGAACGGCAGCCUGGUGAAUUGCGCGCUGCGCGAUCUCUACUGCGUGCUGGAGUGCGACCGGGUGCACAAGGCGCGCACUGUGGUGCGCACCGGCGACCUCAUGUUCGACUGGGACGAGAACUUCGAGCUGGACCUCGUCGGCAAUCGUCAGCUGGAUCUGCUGGUCUACUCCUGGGACCCGCAGUACCGCCACAAGCUCUGCUACAAGGGCUCGGUCUAUCUGCCCACGCUGUUCAAGGAGUCGCCGCUCCACCAGCUGGCCGUGAAGGUCGAGCCCCGCGGCACCAUCUAUCUGCGGCUCAGGUACACCGACGCCAAUCAGACGUUCCGCAGGCGCUGUCUGCCCGUCGUCUCGCUGGCCGGCAGGAUCGCGCCCCUCUUCGGCAUCGAUCUCGAGACGGUCGUGUCGCGAGAGGCGAAAACGGGUGGGGUGCCCGGCGGCGUGUCGACCGCCCUGGCGAUGGGCGGCAGCGGGGUGCCCAACGUGCCCAUCAUCAUCUGGCGCUGCGUCGAGGAGGUCGAGAGGCGUGGUUUAGACAUCAUAGGUAACCACUGUUUGUACAGACUGUGCGGAUCAGCGACCAAGAAGCGCAUACUGCGCGAGGCCUUCGAGAGAAACGCCAGAUCGGUUGACUUGUCGUCCGACAACGUGCCCGACAUCAACGUCAUCACAGGCGUUCUGAAGGACUACCUGCGAGAACUACCAGAGCCAUUGUUCACCAAGUGCCUCUAUCAGAUGAUGGUGGACGCGCUCGGAGUCUGCUUGCCGGACGACCCGCAGGGCAAUGCCAAGCUCAUGUUCAGCAUACUCGACUGCCUGCCGACCGUAAACAAAUGCACUCUGAUCUACCUGCUCGAUCAUCUGGCCAUGGUGAUCUCGCAAUGCAACAAAAUGUCACCGGGCAGCCUCGCGGUCUGCUUCGGCCCGGUGCUCAUGCUGCACUCGGACGACACGGGCGCCCCCCUCGACUUCACCCAGCCCAUCGCCGUGCUCAAGUACCUGCUGGAGAUCUGGCCGGUCAAGUCAGUUCGCAAGAUUACUUCCGUCGUUUCAACGCUUCCACGUACUACGUCUACGGCCAACAGCAACAGCAACAACAGCAGCAGCAGCAAUCAUCCGCCUGUUUCGAGCGCAUCUCAGCUGCUGCAUCAGCAUCUUAUGCAGCAGCAACAGCAGCAGCAGCACGAUCAACAGUCAUCAAUCCAGCAGUCGCCGCAGCAGCCGCCGAGUCAGCAACCGCAGCGAUCGCCGCAGCAGCCAGCGCCGCAGCAGCCAAUCCAUCAAUCCCAACAAGCGCAGCAGCAGUCGCAGUCGCCGCUGCGGGGAACCUUGCCUCGAACCGGGCUGCCCUGGCAGCAGCAACCCUCGCCUCAUCAACAGCACCAGCCUAUCACCAGCAGCAUCACCACCAGCUCCAGCAACGGCAGCAGCAGCAACAGCAGCAACGCAAGCCACAACAGCACCAGCAGCAGCAUCAUCAGCAACGCUACCUCCCAGCAAUCCCAGUCAACGCAGCAGCACCAGCAGCACCAGCAGGCGGUGGCUUCGUCCUCGGAGCAGCAGCAAACAACUACAACAACUAUGUCGCGGCCGCCGCCGCCUCCGCCCGUCAAACCGCGCCAGCAGGUGAUAGUCUCGUCCCCAGGUUCACCUAGCAGCGAGGAGCCGCCGAGCAGCAGCAGCUAUCAUCCGGAAUCGGCUAAGGGGCAGCGCGGCUCGUUGGCCAACAGCUAUACUACGGAAUCCAAGUACAGCGGCAGCCGACCGGCGGCCACCGGUGCCGCGGGCAGCAGCGCCAAUCCGGCCGGCAACAAUCCCUACCAGGACUCCUCGUCGGUCGGCAGCAGAUUCAAUCGCGCCGUGCCGAGCGUGCCGACGACGGCCGGCAGCAACGCCAGCAGUCCGAGCUCGCAGCAGCAGCAGCAGACACAGGACUCGGUCAGGUUCAACCGCGUCGCUCAGGGCACGACUGGCGGCGGAAAUAGCUCUCCACAGGACUCGGUCAGAUUCAACCGUGUGCCGACGACCAUGGGCAGCAGUCCGAGCGGUACUCAGCCGCAAGAGUCCGUGAGAUUCAACCGAUCGCCCCUGGCCGGACCACCGGGUCAAGCUCAGCAGGUGCCGCCGACGUUCAAUCGCGUCGUGCCCACUACCGCUGGGAGCCCGAGCACGCAGCAGCAGCAGCAGGACUCGAUGAGAUUCAAUCGCGCGUCCAACAACGCGAUCGUUAGCCCCAACUCUCAGCAGCAGCAGGACCCCAUGAAGUUCACGCGUUCGCCCGUGAGCGGCGCCGCAGCUCAGAGCAACAGCUUGUCCCAGGAGCCACCGACGGCUCGAUACAACUCCACCAACGCACAACCGGAAACCAUGAGAUUCAAUCUGACCAGCAGCAGCCAGCAAGACUCGGCGAGAUUCGCCAGCCACAACAGCGGCAGCCAGCAGGACUCGCCGAGGUUCAACUCGACCAACAGUCAGCCGGACACCGCCAGAUUCAACUUCGGUUCCCAGCAGGAUUCGGCUAGAUACGGCCUCGGCGGUGCUGGCCAACAGGAUUCCGUCAGGUACAAUCCUACCGGCGCCCAGCAGGAAUCCAGCAGGUACAAUUCCAUCGGCGCUCAGCCGCCGGACACCAUUAGAUUCAAUCCGAGCGGGCCACAGCAGUCGCACGACUCGGUGCGUUACAACGCGAGCGGCAAUCAGCCGGAAUCGGUCAAAUUCAACCUCAACAGUAUGCAGCCGGAUUCGGCCAAGUUCAAUCGGUCGCCGACCAUCGGCAAUUCCGCGGGAUCUUACCAGGACUCGAGCAAGUACGUGCGAUCGCCGGCCGGCACGAGUCCCAUCAGCUACCAGGACGCCCUCAGCAAGUUCAGCCGGAUUCAGAGCGGCAACAACGGCAGCAGCAGCAACAGCAGCCCGUUGCCGGCCGUGAAGCCGCGCGUGCACUCGACCAAUCCCUUUCUCAACUCGAUGAGCAACGGGAACGGAAGUGGCAACGGUCACGGCGGUGGUGGCGGCGUGGGUGUCGGUGUAGCCGGCGUACUGCCGAGCAUCAAUUUCUUCGGCAACGGCACGGGCGAACUCGUGACGCCGACGAGCAGCGUCGACACCGAGGACGGCGCUACCGGCGCCGCCGAGGAGGCCGAGCGCGGAGUCGAGGGCGACAUCGAGGCCAGCGACGACGACUGCUUCAGCAAAAUGGGCGGCGGCAAGCCAUGAGACGAAGACAUCGCAGGCUCGAAGAGACGCGAGAUCCUGCGAAUGAAUCACACUGGAUACGCCUACCAUAACUGAAUGAAUCGCCAAGCGAUCGCCUGCACGAACGAAUGAACAAAUGGUCGAUUUUGGCGUCGAUGUUUUUAUGAGCACGCGCGCGUGUCUCUGGCGAUAACUGAGAGCGACACGAUGCCAAUAAUGCUAGUAGCUGUAAAUGUUCCCAUUUUGUAUGUGGUACCCAUACUUCCAUUCGGGAAGGAGAAGAAAAAUACACGAGACUACUUGCCGAUUACUUCAAUUUUAUUGUUUUUUUUUUUUUUUUUUUUUGAAAUAUUCGAAACGAGAUUUCGAGUAGCAUGAACGACGUCUGCGAACAGAUAGCAAAGUUUUUCGUGCAUAAUUAUUGCAGAUUUCAAUUAGAUGAGCGAACAUAAUAGCCAUAAAAGUAUUACGAUGAAAAAAAGUCUGAUAUAAUAACGGCUGACGAGAGCGUGUGCGAGUAUACCGCGCGCGUUCACGCGAAACAACCGAUUUGAAUCGGAUUUCUCCAAGACUUUGUAUCGCCAAAGUUUUUAUUCGAUUCUAUCUUGUUAAUUAUGACGUGUAACAAAGGGGAAGGGGGGUAGAAAAACGAGGUAAUUGUUGAAAUUUAACAAUAACAGCCUCGAAUAUUAGAAUAACAUUGAAAAUGCACUAUCAAGCGACGUUUAUGUAAAACAUAACACGUACCGAAGUAUGCAUAAACACAUAUAAAUAGUAUAGUCACACUGUAUACAUGUGCUUUUGAUAAGGAUUCUUAUGAACACUUAGUGUUAUUGAACUAAUGACUGAACGCACGACACGAUAUGUAAUUGCAGUGCGCAGUGAUUGGAUUAACGAAAAAAAAAAGAGACAGAUACAAAACAAAGAAAACAACGCAAUAUUUCGUAUUUCUUUUUUUCUUUUUUAUGGAUAUCGUUGAGAAAAAAAAAUUGCCUAAUCUUGAUCAAAUAUGUAAGCGAUAAAUGAUACACGAACGAAGAUCAAUGCAACUUUAUUCGUGUAAGCGUAUUAAUAGUAUUAUCAUUGUUAGCGAAUGUUUAGAUGAAAUUUGCGUGCUUAUGAAAAAAAAAAUUACUAAUAAUGGUACGCAACUAGUUUGAAACAGAUUAAAAUUAAAUCUUACAGAAAAUAAGAUAGAGCAAUAUGAAGAAAGCUUUAAAAUUAUACAUCGAUUUUAUUCGUAAAAUUGCCGUAGUAUGUCAGUAUUGUUGUUCCGCAUACACUGAAUCUUUUGACUCUCCUCGAUUGUUCCGUGAAGUAUACGCCUCGAUAAUUUUGAUCGAUUCCAUCGUGAAUAUUAUGAUAUCAAAAUGUAGAUUUAAAAGAACAAGUAACAAUUUAGAAUGUCCGUGUACUUGAUAAAAUGUAAACGUUUAUAAAUAAAAAGUUGUCAGAACGAUUACAUAAACAGAAACAAUGAAAUAAGUUCGAACAUUUUUCCAAGUAAUAUUUUUCAUAAUUUUGUAUUUUGGGUGAUUCACCAUAAGUUUUUAAAAACACAAAACAGGGUUUUAUUAGUUUGACGAAAACAUCACUUGAGUCCAUUUUGACGUAGUUCUAAAAAAAUCACUUUGAUAAAUUAUUUCAAUCUUAGCGAUAAUUACUGUUUCAAAUCUUUUUACAAAAUAGGCUAAAAUAUUGACGCAUUAUAAAAGUGCGCAUUGACCAAAAAUUUUUAAUAUAACUCGUGAAUAGGGAUGAAAAUCACAAUAGACUUCAAUUCAGAUACAAGUUUCUUAUAUUAAUGUGCUUCGUUAAUCGCUUGCGAAUGUUCAUCAAAAAAGUUAGUGUAUCGUAUUAAAUAGAACUUUUUUUUCAUUUAUCAUUCACUCACAAACAUUCAAAAAAAAUCAUGUUAUUACAUAGAAAAAUAAAAAUAAAAAUGAGACUGAUUAUAAAAUUUCAUUAAACUGUCUUAUUUUCUCUAUUGAUAUUGUAAAUAAUAAAGUGCAAGAGAACCAUUUGUACACUUUACGAAAAAUCCUUUUCUUAAAAAAAAAAUUAAAAUUAAAAAUUUAAUAAGAUGCGCAAAAAACAGUUUCGAAAUUUUAUGAUCUAGAUCUCAGUUAACUUAACGCGCGCAUUAUAGACAUUUACGACAGAGUAAAAAAAUUCAAUCGUCUAAUAGAAAGCUCCGUUAGUUUAGAAUUGAAUAAAAACGCCACGUGUACUGAUUGUAUAAGGUGCUGAAAAUAAGUGUAUCAUAAAAAUGUAAUCUCAUUUUCCACAUCGUUUUAUCAGUGCCCAUUGCUAACAUUAGAUUGUGAAUUUUCAUGGUUAUAUCUCAUCACACAUACACAGGACUGAAAAAAAUUCAAUUUAAUUUAAUUUUCAAUAACUCCCUAAAAAUCAGUAUUCUUUAUGAAAGAAAUAAUUUACCCGUAUUCUACCCCUUUUUCUACCGAAAUUUUUGAAUCAGCACACUGCCAUAAUAUGUCAUUUUAAUAUUGAAUAUAUAUAUGAACUAACAGUCAUUUUGUCGCGCGAGUUCUUGACUAAUAAUCGUAACAAUUUACCGUGAUAAACUAAAGACGCUUCGAGUGUCUUUAAUACGGAAAGACAUGUAAUACUUCAAUCUCAACAAUACACAUUGGACAAUAUAGCAAAAAAAAAUGAAAAAGCAAAUACGAAUAUUUACGACUAUGUAACAAUAAUAAAAGAAAUCGUUCCGCUAUUGACAUAAUUUUUUUCGUUAUUAAAUUCAAUUUUUGUACUAUAAUGAAUUCUCAAAGAAAAACUCAGUCUCAGUUGCAUUCCUGAAAACGCACAGUUUAAUCUUCUUGCUUAUUGUUUAAAGCCGUAAUGUUUUGUAAUAACAAAACUUAAGAAGAUCAUCAUACUAUUAAUACGAUAUGUUCUUUGAUAAUCAUAAGUUCGAUUUUUGUCUUCCUCCGUAAUAAAACUGGGACUGAGAUAAUAUAACGAUUUCAUUGAAACAAAUCGAGUAAACGCUAUGGACCACAGAUUAUUGAUACACAAAUUAAAAUGAUGUUUAGCAUAAAUGAAAAAGCUAACAUUAUUCAAAAAUUUCUAAAACGAUGCAUUAAACAUUUUAAACUUGCUUAUUGAUAACACAUCAUAAUACACUUUAAGACACUAUUUAAACACGGAUAAAUACAUUUGUGAAUCGAUUGAAUUUUGAAAAUAACUUAGGACUAUCUAUUAAUGAAGUCAUCGUUCCAUAAUAUUGUUAUGAAUCGAAAUAAUUAUUGAAUAAUAAAAUCGUUAAAUUUGCAAUCAUUGUCAAUCUAACCUUUUCAUCUUUGUAUUAAUCUUCAUAUUAUAUAUUACAAUAAAGUUUCAAAUACUUUCAUAAUACUGAGGAUUCAAGUUUUGCCAUACAAGCAGUAUCGACAUUUAUAAAAAUUUUUGGUCUGUUUUCAUUCUUGGGUCCACAUUUAAAAUAACAUUAACUCGAAAAAUCGAUCAAUGUUUUGAGAAUUCUUUUGGUAAAUACUUUCACACUUUUAAUCAUCUAUAAAGAUAAAAACAAGCUUUCGUCAAUAUACGAACACUUGUAAAAAAACGACGGUCUAAUUUGAAAAAAAAAGAAAAAACUUCGCGGCUUUUUCAUAAUACCUCACAACAAUCUUUGAAGUAAUACUUUUUGAAAAAAAAUAUAAAGGCUCUAUUUAACUGAAGAUAUUUUUUUAAUUCUCUAUAAUAAUGAUAAUUAGAAACAUUAAAUCUGACACGAUGGAAAAAGAAUAAUAAUAAUAAUAGUAAUAAUAAUAAUAGCUACUCAACUAGUCAUUCAACGGUAUUAAUGUAUACUCUAAAUAUAUAAUGUGGAGGGUAUUCGUGAAAAAAUCAUUUGCAAUAACAUAAUUGUGCAUUGUGAGGAUCUAACCAGAGCUUUAAAGAAUUGUAAAUAAUAUGCUUCGAUCUGUGGAUUUUUCAACAUGAAUUACAUUCGAAUUCGGGUUAUAAUAAUUGCACUCGAAACAAUACAAAUCUUUUUUAACUUACAACCAAAUAAAAACGUAACAUAUCUGUAGAUCGAUCGAUACUAAAGAUCAUCCUUAAGCUCGUGAAUUACGUAAUACAGAAAGUACGAAACUAAAAGAAUGAGAAUGAAAUGUGAUAUAUAAUUGACGUUUAUGAUAAUAUAUAUAAUUAUUAAAUUCUCUUGUUUUUUGAAUGUUUUUGAAUGAAAUGUAAGAAUCUGAAAAAAAUUACUGCAUAACUUCCUUUUAAAAACCCGCAAGUUUUCAAAAUCUAAAAAUUUAAUAAAAAAACUUUUUGAACUUCUUUUCAAAAGAAUAAUCCGAUAGAGAAUGUUGGUAAAAUAGCGAAUCAUUAAGUAAACUGACAUAUCAUCAUUCAAGUCGCCAUUCAAUGAGAGAAAAAUACAUUUUUUACUGUUUUCUUCAGGCCUACGUAAAGCACAAAAAUAUACCGUGCGAAUUAUCCAUUAAAAUUCAUUCAUUAUCAUCAAACGCCGAGCCUUUGCAUUGAAAACCUCAUUGAAUUUUGAAAGCACAUAUCCAUUGAAAAAGAAAAUUACGAAUGUAUAUAUAUGCUUUACAGAAUUGGCAAGUAAACAAGAAAAUUCUGCUCAUCUCACAUAUCGUCUAAAAAGCCUCCCACAAAUGCCAUUGCAUCAAAUGACAAUUUACAUAAUACAUAUACGCAACUGCAAUGUGACUCAUCUAUCGUACUCAUGAUUAUUAUCAUUAAGCCACGCAUCACAUAUUAAUCGUGAGUAUUUUGUAAGGUUGACUAACCAAAUGAGAAAUGAUUUUUCUCAAAAAAGGAAUGAAGUAUGUAAAAAAAACUUAAAAUCUACGUGAAAUUCAGAAACAAAAACACGAAUUACAAUAGGACGAAAAAAUAUAAACGCAUAGACGAGAGAAUAAAACUACUAUACGCUUUUACAACCAGUUAAUAUCGAAAGGGAACACCGUGAUUGACAGAAAACGAUUGUAUAAAAACAAAAAAAAAAUAUCAAAUAACUAUCGAGUCGCAUUUAUUUUUACUUCCAUUAUCGUAUCGCAAGCAUCUCAUAGAGAAUCAUCGUGUAUCGCGUAUCGUUGCCCGAAAUAUAAAUUUGCCACGAGACUGAGUGAAAAAUAAAAUGAAUACCGUGUUAUGCACAAAAUGUGUGGAAAAACAAUCUUUCGAACGAUCGCACUGACUUGUCUGUAGCGAACAAGUUGGAUAACUGAAUUUUUACAACGCCUAGCAGAAUGAAAACCAAUCGAAUCGAUUGAAGCAACGUUUCAUUAAAUUCUUUUUCGUAUCACUUAUGAAUAUUAAAAAAAAAUAUGAAUAAACCCAACUGGAUAAAAAAUAAAUGAAACACAUGCACUAAAUAAUGAGAAAUUCGUACAGAUUUCAUUGAUUUGUAAAUCGCAUUUUCUCAAAAUUAUAUCGCGUCUAUUAUUCGAACACUUCACAUUUACCAUUAGCUGCAUAAAGUCAUAUGCAUAAAUAAUCAUUAUAUUGUAAUCCCUUGACGAUAUACUCAUCGGUAAAAAAAAAAUAAACAUCUCAUUAUAAAUAUUGAUAUCUUAUAAUGCAUAGACGUAAUAAUAGAAUGAAUGAAGUACGUUUACUCAAGCAGUAAAAUACAUAUGUGAAAUGCGUAUCACACGACUUUACGUUAGAUUGUGUAUAAUUAAUAUAUUUAAUGUGUAUAAAAAAAGGAAGGUCCCGCUGCCGCACAGGAUCACUUUUUUUUCGUAUAGAGCAUAGCACAGAAAUGCGACGACGUGCAAUAUAUCUAUUAUAUGUAAGCUGUAUAGUUAAUAGGUUUAAUAAAAAAAUGCGGCAAUAUUUUAUUUUCUCUCUGUUUUGUCACACCAACUAUUUCAUAUUUGUGUAGCCUCGUUCGUUCAUCGAUUCAUUAUUAUUCUCUGCAUAAAGUUCAAGUGUAAAAGUCACAUCGAUACGACGAAUAUCCCACCUCGCUGAAAAGUUGAAAAAAUAAAGAAUGAAUAAUAAUACAAAAAAGUAAACUUUGAAAGCAUUCCAUCGCGACGACGCUUAAUACCUCGUUACAUUAAUCGUAAAAACUGAGAUUAUAUUCAUAUAAAAGAAAAAUAAGUGGUUUGUUAAAGUGAGCCAAACUGGUUUGUCUCAAUCUGCGAAUGAAAUUUCGAUUAAGGUAUUAUACAUCUAGCGAUGCAUGUUAAUAUAGCCGGCAAUGAAGAACGUCAAUUGUAGCUCUUGAGAUAAAGAUGAUUAAAAAAUGUUCUGGUAAAAUGAUACUACGAUAUUGAAUUAUUAAAUUAUGUAAUAUCAAUUAAAUGAAUAUAAUAGAAAAGAAGAUAACUUUCUUAAAUUAUCCUGGAAGGUAUAGCAAAGGCGAUAGCAGAAUCUAUACAUAGAAGAAAAAAAAUAUUAAUCGGUAUGAUAAAGUUUAUCGUUGGGUAUGUUGAUUAUUUCUAUAGAUUUUAUUGACGCGUCCGAAUAUUAUAUAUAGCGAUUUUCGAUUCGCCGUUGAUAUAGUAAAGUGACAUCGACGGAGACAUUCGUGUAUAAGUAUAUUUAAUCGGACAAAAUCGUUGAAUCUUUACGCGAAAAUAGUAUAUCAUAUUUAUAUGCUAGUCAAGCUCGUAUCGAUCUAAGUAAAUUUUAAUAGUUGUUAACAAAAGUGUAUUUUCAUUACUUCGGGUAUAUGAAUUUCUAAUGUGGAAUUGAUGUAUGCGAUUGAAUUUCUUAGAAUUCAUUUUGAUUAAACAGUUUUUCAUAAAUUCGUUGAUAAAUAAAUAGGUGCUAAUCGUAUUACAUAUUGUAAUUUGUUAAUCGUAUUAAUCAUGCAUUAAUGUAAAUAACUCGGAUGCAAUUGUGUUCCACUAUAAAUUUCGAACGUACGUAGGCUUAAUUUUUAAUUGUGUAAUAAUUUUGAACGAGAUGUGGAGUAGCAAACGUGGGUCAAUUUCGAAAAGUCAAAUAUAUUCGCAAUCAAUAAAAAUAGUAACGACAAGGAAUUAAUGGAGGAAAACAUCGCCGUAAUAAAAUAAGAACGUUGAAAAAGAAAAAUUUGUUAACGCAACACGUGCGACGUGCGUCCGCGCGCGUACCAGCCGCGUUCAAUGACCUCGACGGGGGACAUAUUUUUCUAAGUUGCACCAAAAUAAAAAAUGAUUUAUGAAAUGCAUUACUAUAAAAAUGGUACUAUAUUGCCAUCGGUUAUAUCAGCGUUGUUAGGAUGUGUAAUUGAUAAAGUAAAACCAAAAAAAAAACCAUUAAAUAACUGAAUAUUUUACGACGUGAGUGUAGUCAGAGUGUAAAAUAGAAGCAAGUACUAUAAACGUAGACAUUAUGACAUGCAUAUUAUAAAUAUUAAAUUUACGCAGAUUAAACGCCGAGUGCGUUCAGUCGGCAUUCGAAAAAAAUGUACGACCGAGACGAUGUAUUACCAAAUCGCGAGGGUCGUAUCGAUGUGACAGAGAAAAAAACAGUUAUGAAACAAAUGAGCAAUCUGAUAAAUGAAUGUGAAAAAAAAUAUAUCUGUAUACAUACAAUGACAAACGCUUGAUGAGAAUUUAUCUAAAACAUAAAAAUAAUAACGAUAAUAACUUGCUGAAAAAAUAUAUAUAAAUACUAUACAUAAAAAUAUACAUGAAAAAAAGUUUACAAUAAGAUUUGUCGAGUGAUGUUGAUGAUGAAAAGUAUACAAUUGUGAUGCUGCUGAGCCGCGUAUAUAUUGAACAAAAGAGAAAAAAUCGAGAGUAUGCCAGUAAAUAUUAUAAAUACGAUACAUGUAUAUAUAAUACGUAUAAAUAUUAGUGGUCGUAGACAAUUGUAACGUUAUAUAUUUGUUUUCUUUCACUGUGCGAAACGUAUUGUAUGAGAAAUAUCAAUAACGAUAAAAAAACUUGAAUUGGAGCGAAAAUUGACGCGCAAUACUCGCUCGAAAUGAUCGCUCGUUGUUUAAUAAUAAAAAAUAAAAUAGUAAGAGCGUUUGUGUGUGUGCGUGCGCGCGUGUGCGUGCGUAUUUAUUAUAUGUAAAACGCGCGCCCUCACAUCGAUAUAUGAAAAUAAGAUAAAAAAGAAAAUUGAGAGAUUGAGAUUAUAAAUGACGAAUAAAUAAUAAUCAAUAACAAUAAAUGAUAAAAAAAAUUAUCGAAUCGUUCUGUCAGUCACUAUCAUCUAAUAAUGAAUAUAUAAAUAUAUAAAUAAAUAUAUAUUAUACAAUGUCAUGAUACCUAACGCUGCCAUAUACAAUAUAAAUUAUAUAUAUAAAUAUAUGUCUAUCAGAUGUAAGGAAUCAGAAUAUGACUAAAGAUAUCGAUGAAAAAAAAUGAAAAGAAACAAACAUAAAUAAAUAUGUUAUUAAACACUUGCUUCGGCGGUGAUGACGUCGUAUAAAAUUUUGUCACGUUAUUUUCUCAUUUCCUACCUUGAAUGUACGAUUUUAUUUUCCGCAAAUUUCGAUCGGACUUCUUGAGGUUAAAUCUUUUCUACUCUAGUCAGGAUUGUCAAAUAUAAAUUUUAAUAUAUUGAUGGGAUAAUCUAACAUUUACAUCUGGUGCUAA